GUCGGUCUGUGUAUGAUGCCGUGGUCCGAUGAGCGAGCAGACUUUCGGGAACCGUGUGGCUGUGACCCACAGAGAGGGAAAGAUUUCCAGCCAGUCGAUAUGGUCAGGCGACACUCGAGACCUGAGUACUGGUUCCUCAGCUUUCUGAUUGGUAGCCUGUCCAGGGAACUCUUAGACUUUACUGCCCUUGCUGAUAAUCGCACUUCAAAAGAUUUUGGUGCUGCUGCUGCCAUCGUCACAGCCUUAGGAGAUGUUUAUGAAUACGUGGACGUCCCCUUGGACUGGUGGCAUGCAAACAGAUAUUGUGAACAACGCUUUGCGCAGCUGCUCUUUGAGACCCAGGGCAGCGAGCUGGCUUCGGUCAAAAAACUGCUGCACUCCCUGCAAGUGCAAAGCUCUGUCUGGUUAGCCGAGAGGGAGGCAUUCCUGCGGAAACACAAACAGAGACGAACUCACACAGCACCAAUCCUGGUGUUCAGAAACAAAACGGACACUAAGUACGUGAAGGUGCUGGCCAACUUCCCCGUGAUGCCUGCUGUCACCGCCUGUGCCCACAUCCAGUGGGACAACAAGACCCGGGAGAUUUCCACCAUCUUCUCCUAUGCCGUCCCUGCUUUCAUUAACGAGUUCCAGCUGCGCGGCUUUGUUGAUGAGAAAGAGUUUGUACGAUUUGCCAUCAUUGUCCACGGACACCACUCCCCGUACCUGCCCGUGUUCCGCAGCGAUGGGCAGUGGCAUCACUUCUGUGUCACCUGGCAGCAGCAGAACGGGACAUGGGCCAUCUACGCCGACGGGAAGAAGAAGGCCUCUGCCGCUGGCCUGUGUGCCACAGGGCCGCCGGCCAGCCAGGCUAUUUACGAUCAUGGAACUUUCAUUAUUGGUCAAGACCAGGAUUCACUAGGGGGCACCUUCAAGGAGAAAGAGUCCUUCAGUGGGAACAUCACUGACCUGAACGUGUGGCGGACAGUCCUUAGCGAAGAGCAGAUAGAGAGAGUCCGGUCAUGCUGCCUGAUAGACCAUGACCUUAUCUUCAGGUGGGGCAGUUGCACUCUGGAGAUUGAGCCCACUGUACAAGAAGUGACAGCACAGUUCCUUUGCCCAGGGCCUGUGGAGCAAUGCAGAGUUCUGGACGUUGGCAGUGGUGGAGUCAGUGACACUUCUUGUUUGCAUUCCUGGCCUUUCGUCUGCCACUACACAAAGGAUGUGUAUUUACUCCUGAAGAAAACCCAGUCAGAAUCCAACCCGCCACUGAUCAGUCGGGUUAAUACCCUCGCAAAUGCUACCGUGAUUCCUGAGAAUGUUUUCUUGGGCGAUGUUAGAGACGUGAACAUCUCAGCAGCUGUCAAUGUUCUCCAUGCUCUGACGAUCGUCCUGAGGGAGGAGGAGACCCCGGUGAAGCCAGCUGACCUGCUUGGCGUGGUCCAGUUUCUAAAGCAAGUUUCAGACGUUGAAGUCCAGGAGCAGGAACAGCUGGAGAUGCUGGAGCAGCUGAGUCAGUAUUAUGUGGAAGUGACUGGACUGAUCCUGGAGGAGCAAAAUACUGACCAGUGGUCAGAAAUCAGCCAGAUUAUCAGAGGGCCUAUGACUGUUGUAGAGAACAUGGACAGAAUGGCUUCAAACCUAAACCAACUUCUGACUGCGGAAAGGACCAAGAUAGCGAUCCAGUACAGGAACAUCGGGAUCGAAGUCAGGAAGAUGGAUCUCAGCCGGCAGGAGCCCAGCAGUGACGUGUAUCUCAUCCAAAGCCAGGAGGCAGGCGGCCCUGACCUCAUAGAAGUUCCCCCUGAAGAAGUAGAAAGACUUAAAUCCAAAGGUCUCAGCACAGUCACUGCGAUCAACACGUGGUAUGGCUACUCCUCCCUCCAGUGCUUCCUGCCGGGGAGCAGCGCCGUGUUCCAGGACGUGGCCGCGUCUGACGGAGGACGGCGGUACCUGAGCACACAGGUGGGCUCCGCCAUUAUUUCAUCCACUCUACGCAGCGACUACCAGGAGAUCAGCACAUCUGUACGCUAUCGCCUGCAGCACCGCACCCAGGACCCACCUGACAAGCUUGUGGAACCGAUCUGCGCUUUCUGGAACUUCAGCAUCAGCCCAGACACCGGGGGAAUGUGGUCCACUGUAGGCUGCUCCAUCAUAAUGUCUCACCUGGAAUCCACAGCCUGCUUCUGCAACCACACCACCAACUUUGCAGUGCUGUUGCAGGUGUAUGAAGUGCAGAGGAGCUCAGAGGAGGAGCUGACUCUGAAGACCCUGACGUUUAUUGGAUGUGGAGUUUCUUUCUGUGCCCUGAUUGUUACAUUCAUUUUAUUCCUGGCAGUCGGUGUUCCAAAGAGCGAACGAACAACCGUGCACAAGAAUCUGAUCUUUGCUUUAGCCGCAGCUGAAGCUCUGCUCAUGUUUAGUGAAUUGGCCAAAACCAACCAGGUACUGUGCUUUGCUGUCACAGCUUUCCUCCACCUCUUCUUCAUGGCAGCCUUUUCUUGGAUGCUGGUAGAAGGGCUUCUCCUGUGGAGCAAAGUGGUGGCCGUCAACAUGAGUGAAGACAGGAGAAUGAAGUUUUACUAUGUGACUGGCUGGGGCCUGCCAGUCGUUAUUGUUGGUGUGACUCUGGCAACUUCAUUUAACAAGUACGUGGCAGACAAUCAUUGCUGGCUGAAUGUUCAGACCGAUAUCAUCUGGGCGUUCGUUGGGCCAGUUCUCUUUGUUCUGACGGUAAAUACCUUUGUGCUGUUCCGGGUGGUGAUGGUCACAGUGUCCAGUGCACAGAGGAGGUCAAAGAUGCUGACCCCCAGCAGCAGCCUGGAGAAACAGAUUGGAAUCCAGAUAUGGGCCACAGCCAAGCCCAUCUUGGUGCUGCUGCCAGUCCUGGGCCUGACGUGGGUGUGCGGGGUCCUGGUUCACCUCAGCAUCGUCUGGGCUCAUGUCUUCAUCGUGCUGAACUCCCUCCAGGGCUUGUACAUCUUCCUGGUCUAUGCAAUCUAUAACAGUGAGGUGAGGAACGCCAUACAGAGGAUGAAGGAGAAGAAGAAAGCUCUCUCGUUCACAAACUGUUCUCAUCCGAUCAAUUAUCUGUCAAGUCCAAGAAAUACAACUUCCUGGGAGACUGGGAAGCUGAGUCCUUCUGCGCCCGAGAGCGCCGUGUCCAGCCCUGUGCAGAAAGAUCCCCCACUGAAGAACAUUACCAACAAAGGAAACUUUGGUGCUAAAAUUCCUAUGGGGAUUUCCUCAAUGAUAUCACCAGAGAGACCGGAAGUUGGCCAAGGGAAAGGGUUGGAAACCCUGUGGUUCUGGGCACCCCAAACUAGGCUGGACAAAAGGCCCUACAGACAUACAGAAUGGAACAGCCCUACAUGUCUGCUGGGAGUCGCACCAAACAGCCUAAUGGCUUCAUGUCUAGGAUUCUCAGACAGCUGAGAGGCUCCUCAGGCGAGGGUGAGCUGUGGACUCAGACUGGGGAAUGGGGGGAUUCUCACUCCCUGGCAUAAACGGGCCCAUGUAGCCCCUUUACAGACAUCGCCAUCCUUCACGGUGAUGUGCUAGCUCGACUGCCGUCGUACUGGGCUUGCUCGAAAGCAAUCGGCGCACCUGCCGCCCGUGCAAAGGAGUAAGGAGGCAUCUGUCUAUCCCUGCCCUUGGAAGAUAAAUAGUAGAAAGAGAAUCAACUAUCUGUGCAUUUGGGGGAUGUCCAGCUCCUGGAUAUAAAGGGCCUCUAUGCUGUUAGACCCAUAUGUGCUAACUCCUGGACUGCAGAGGGGAGGGCGAGAUGGGGGUUGGUUUGACACAUGAGCGGUGGGGGAGUCUCUC